AUGGAUAAUUUGAUUAGAUCUUUAUUAUUGUUUUAUUUAUUAUUCUUUAUAAGAAUACAUUCAACAAGUUCUCAACCUACAACAUUGACCUGUACUGAAUUGAACUUCACAUCGAUAAGUUUGACAACCGGACAAUUAAUUCAAAGCUAUGCUUUCGAGUCACCACAUUUUAUAACUAGUUUAUUAAAAUGUUCAGGUAAUGAUUAUUAUGUAUUAGCGUCUGGACCUGAUUCAUAUCAACCAGGUUAUUUCAAUAUUUCCAUUCUAAAUGGUGAAACAGGUACAUUCACAACCAAAGCAACAUUCUAUAUUCCUGAGAAUCCAAUGUUCAUUUAUCAAUCCAAUAGUAUUGAUCUUCCAAGUGGGUUGGCAUUCACAACUUUUUGUAACUCCGGUUCGUCAUAUAUUUAUAUAUUUGAUAUGAAUACUGAAACUGUUGAAACAAUAGCAACUAAUAACCAUUGUGUAUUAUAUACUUUUGGGGCAUAUGAUCCAACAAAUCAAUUAUAUUAUUUAUAUGGAUAUGAAACGGGAACUAGAUCAUCAUUAUCAUUUGGAGUGUAUUCUAUGAUCACCAAAAACAUAACUUAUUAUGAUAUACCAUUUGAAAUGCAGUUUUGGUCAUCCGUUGAAACAAUCCAUGUUUAUGAAUCAAUAGUUUAUGUUGGUCUCUUACAGGAUAAAUACUAUCAAGUUAUCACCAUUGAUUUUAAUACAAAAACAACACGAAGUAUUUUCAAAGCUGAUUUUCAACAAUUAGAAACUACAGCAGAGUUUGUUUUAGAUCCAAAUGGAUAUAUGGUUGUAGUUUCACUCAAUCCACCCAAUUAUAAUAUAUUCACAAUCGAUCUUCAAACAGAACAAUACACCAAUCAAAUCAAAUUAUAUGAAUAA